AUGGCUUCCAAGAAGCUGCAGCAGGAAAUGGUUCAGGUCGACAGGUCCGAGUCUGCCUCACCUUUCUGGCGUACUUCAUCCUCGAAUAGCAAGCGUGAAACCAGUCUCGCUGGUGAGAGGAAGGUCUUUGGAGCUUCAUACUCUCACGCAGACAUCCUCAACUUCGACAACUUGAACAUAUCCAACAGCAGCACACCACGUCCACACACACCGCCCUCGCGCGACACCCGACCACCUUUGAAGUCCUCGACCAGUCUCUCUCCUCCAGGCCCACGUCGCUCCUACUCUAACUUUUUUGGCGAAUCAACUAAGAGCUAUGAUCCACCGCAAGAUGAAGAAGCUUUGGACUUUGACGAAGAUGAAGAUGAAUUCGGCCUACCGAGCAUAGCAAGCAUGAGGAGGAAAGGGAAAAAACAAAUCGCAAAGAAGAAGAGAGAUCCAGGGGGCUCGCAAUCGUCUUUGACCACCGUCCCGUCAGCUACUGCGACACUGGCUUCAUGGUCCAUGAACAAUGGUGACAUUGCCGAAGAACGCAGCUUACCAAGUUAUCCUACUACGAAGCGUUCUGACGGCAAGAUCUUGCGACCACAAUACAAGGACAUCCUUAGGGAUCCCGCAAAUGCUCUCCACCUAAUAAAUCACGCACCUGCACCACUUAACGCCUCUCCGAAAGAAGUCGAAGCCCACUCAGCUCGCAUUACUCGCAUCAACAAGUUCAAACGUAUUUUACAAGCUUCAUCGAUCAACUUGGCCGAGCUACGCGACUCUGCUUGGUCUGGAUUGCCCGAAGAAGUCAGAGCCAUGUCAUGGCAGAUCCUACUUGGUUACCUUCCGACAAAUAGCGACAGGAGAGUGACUACGCUGGAGCGCAAGAGGAAUGAAUACUUGGAAGCUGUGCGACAGGCCUUCGAAAAGGGCACGUCCACAAACGAGGCCGAGUCUGUCAUUGGGAUCGGCGGAAUCUCGUCAUCACCAGCCACUCAACGAGGCAAGGGUCGCGGGCUGGACGAGGCCAUCUGGCAUCAAAUCAGCAUCGACGUACCACGAACGAAUCCACACCUUGAGCUGUACGGUUUCGAAGCAACACAAAGGUCUCUGGAGCGGAUACUGUACGUUUGGGCUAUCCGCCACCCCGCGAGUGGCUACGUCCAAGGAAUCAACGAUCUGGUCUCGCCAUUCUGGCAAGUUUUCCUUGGAAUGUACAUCACGGAUCCAGACAUCGAGUUUGGCAUGGAUCCUGGACAACUACCCAAACAAGUUUUGGACGCUGUCGAGGCCGAUACAUUCUGGUGCCUUACCAAACUUCUUGAUGGCAUCCAGGACAACUAUAUUCAUGCACAGCCUGGUAUCCAGCGACAGGUGGCUAGUCUUCGAGAUCUGACUACGCGCAUUGACGGCAAUCUGGCGAAGCACCUCGAAAAUGAAGGAGUAGAAUUUAUACAAUUCAGUUUCAGAUGGAUGAAUUGCUUGCUCAUGCGCGAGAUUAGCGUGAGAAACACCAUCAGAAUGUGGGAUACGUAUUUGGCGGAGGACCAAGGGUUCUCCCAUUUCCAUCUCUAUGUCUGCGCCGCCUUUCUGGUCAAAUGGUCCGACCAGCUGCUCAAGAUGGAUUUCCAAGAGAUUAUGAUGUUCUUGCAAGCUUUGCCAACCCGCGGUUGGAAUGAGAAAGACAUCGAGCUCCUUCUCAGCGAGGCCUUCAUCUGGCAGAGCCUCUUCCGGAACUCGAAGGCUCAUAUCCAGAAGAGCUCUCAGAAUGGACCUCUCUCAGUCACACUAUAA